CUAUAGCGUUGUGAUCAAAUUCUUGUCGACGUUCCUCAUACUGCAUGAAUUGGCGCCAAAUAAUAUAUGUAAAAGUAAUUUAGUUAACAAAUAAGGAUAAUUAUGUAAUUUUAUUAUAAUUAGUAAAUAUUUGUGGAAUUCAUUUGGAAAUUCCAUAUCAAUUCCCCAGAAUUGCUAUAACUAGUUUCAAUUCCGUAGAAUUCAAAAUUUAGAAUUGAAAAAGAAUUCUUUCAAAUACCAAACACAUAAAGUUUUCAUUUCAAAAUAAAUUCCUCAAAACUUAUAAAAUUUAUUUAUAUCAAACAAUAUGUAAGUGACCAAACAUGCAAGUCACCCUUUAAAUAUGCUUUGAAUUAUUUGUUCUGUACAACUUCGGAUAUGGUUUCAACGUGGGAAUUGCAUGUGGAAACCAAGAUGUAAAAAAGACCUACAAUUUGGGUAUUGCACAAAUCAAAUUUAUUAUGAGGAAAAUUAUAUUUGGAUAAUAUCACUUUUGGGACAAGUUUUUUAGUUUGAGUAUAAAAUAGACUCAUUAUAUUGGGUAAAAAAAUCCAACUCUAAUGUGAUUUUUACAUUUUUUUUUUCUAAAGCAAACAUAAAUAUACAAACACGAGUUCUAAAUGUGUGACGAAUAGUAAAAUGAUCAAUAUUAUAUUUCGUAUGCAUAAUAUUUAUAUAACCUGAAUAGAUCUAUUUGAAUCCGACUCGCAUGAGUGGACACAAAUUGAACUUAAUUUAUAUCAAACCACAAAUUAUAAAUAUUGCAUGAGUGUCAACUCAAUAUGAGUAAUGAUAAUUGAGUUAGAAUUAUAAUCGAGUAAUCGACCCAUCCUAGCCCUAGGUGACGGAUGUAUGUAGUAGGCGCCUGAGCCCACUCGUAUUCACAAAAGGAAAAAGACUUGGGCUCCAUAUUGGGUAAACAAUGGCCCGUUACCAGGAGGAUAGACUGGAAGGCCUCAGAAAUCGUCGGCCCAACCUCCGAUUUCUACAGGUAAAGUUUCCAUCCCCUAGACCCCUACGCAGCGCUGGGGCAUAGCAUUUUCAGAGCUCUGCUUCUUAGCAGUUGAGCUCCUGAAACCCUGCCAAUGGGUCCUCUCCACAGAGCUUCGAAAACCCUCAAAUCACUCAGACACCAAUUUUUGCUGCACGCGACUCAGCAAUUCGAUUCAUCUUCGCGCCUCUCAGGUUCAAGUGAUUACCGGGUGGUGCUGACAAGAGCGCUAUGCUCCCACCCCCGCCAGAACGCCAAAGAAGCCGUGGAUUUGACCCAGUACCCGCCGGAGAGAAUUCGAAACUUCUCCAUCAUCGCCCACGUCGACCAUGGCAAGUCGACGCUCGCUGACCGUUUGUUGGAGCUCACCGGCACCAUCAAAAGAGGCCAUGGCCAGCCUCAGUAUCUCGAUAAAUUACAGGUAGAGAGAGAAAGGGGGAUCACGGUGAAAGCUCAGACAGCGACGAUGUUCCACAAGUACAAUCUCCAAGGCUCGAGCUUGGAUGGUUCAAAUGAGCCGCAGCCGUUUCUUCUGAAUUUAAUUGACACGCCUGGUCAUGUGGAUUUUAGCUAUGAAGUUUCGAGAUCAUUAGCAGCUUGCCAAGGCGCCCUUUUGGUGGUUGAUGCAGCCCAAGGUGUGCAGGCACAGACAGUGGCUAACUUCUAUCUCGCAUUUGAAUCUAACCUCACAAUUAUCCCUGUCAUUAACAAGAUAGACCAGCCAACAGCUGAUCCUGAUCGAAUUAAAGAUCAACUGAAGUCGAUGUUUGAUCUUGAGCCGUCUGAUUGUCUUCUAACCUCGGCCAAAACAGGCCAGGGGCUUGAACAUGUCUUGCCAGCUGUCAUUGAAAGGAUACCUCCUCCACCUGGGGAAGGGAGUGGCCUGUUGCGCAUGCUCUUGUUGGAUUCGUAUUAUGAUGAGUACAAGGGAGUGAUCUGCCAUGUGGCGGUUGUAGAUGGGAUGUUGAGGAAGGGGGAUAAGAUAUCGGCUGCUGCCACGGGUCAAACUUAUGAUGUUCUGGAUGUAGGUUUCAUGCAUCCUGAACUCACUCAAACUGGGGUGCUUCUAACUGGACAAGUGGGGUAUGUUGUGACUGGAAUGAGGUCUACUAAGGAAGCACGUAUUGGAGACACUUUGUUUCACGCCAAAACCAUUGUAAAGCCUCUUCCUGGCUUCAAGGCUGCAAGACACAUGGUGUUCUCUGGUCUCUUUCCGGCUGAUGGAUCUGACUUUGAGGCACUCAACCAUGCAAUAGAGAGGCUGACAUGUAACGAUGCCAGUGUCUCUGUUACUAAAGAGAGUAGCACUGCUCUUGGUCUGGGUUUUAGAUGUGGGUUUUUGGGUUUACUUCACAUGGAUGUUUUUCAUCAGCGACUUGAACAAGAAUAUGGAACUCAUAUUAUUUCCACGGUCCCAACUGUUCCAUAUAUCUUCGAAUAUUCUGAUGGAAGCAAAGUGGAAGUUCAAAACCCUGCUGCUUUGCCCUCAAACUCAAAGCAGCGAGUUACAGCUAGUUGGGAACCUACAGUAUUAGCCACGAUUAUUAUCCCUAGUGAGUAUGUUGGACCGGUUAUUACCUUGUGCUCGGAAAGAAGAGGGCAGCAAUUGGAGUACUCAUUCAUUGAUAGCCAACGUGCCUUUAUGAAAUACCGCUUGCCUUUGAGAGAAAUAGUUGUCGAUUUCUACAAUGAAUUGAAGAGUAUAACAUCAGGAUAUGCGUCAUUCGACUACGAAGAUUCAGAAUACCAACAAGCCGAUUUGGUGAAACUUGAUAUUCUCCUAAAUGGUCAGGCAGUUGAUGCCAUGGCAACAAUUGUUCACAACUUGAAGGCACAACGGAUGGGCCGUGAACUGGUGGAUAAGUUGAAGAAAUUCAUAGAUAGGCAAAUGUUCGAGAUAAUCAUACAAGCAGCAAUUGGGUCAAAGGUUGUUGCUAGAGAGACGAUCUCAGCUAUGAGGAAGAAUGUUCUAGCAAAGUGUUAUGGUGGGGACAUUACUCGGAAGAGGAAGCUACUGGAAAAGCAGAAGGAAGGAAAGAAGAGAAUGAAGCGAGUUGGGUCAGUUGACAUACCUCAAGAGGCUUUCCAUCAACUAUUGAAGGUGUCAUAGGGAAAAACAAGCAAGAACGAGGUCCUCUCCUGAAAUAUUUCCAGCUGGUAAGUCCAUCAACGUCGAUAUGUCUUGGGGUUUGCUAGGACAAUCCUCGAAGUGGAUACUAGCAUGCUAAUAGUUUUUCAUACGCGAUCGACAGGAAGGAAAGCAGGCCUGCAAUGCAUCUGUGUGCUGCGAAUGAUUACCGGAGAAUGUUACAGCAGAAGCGAAAUAGCCCCUGAACUUGUAUGGGAGUUAGUUUGUCUGGUUUUGCGUAAGGAAGUGUCACUUGUGAGAGUUGGCUAUGAUCCAGAGCGAGGUGCUGGGGACUUGGGUGAACUUUGAAAACGAAUUGAUGUAGGUGUGAGGGACAUGUAUAAGCGUCAAGUACAACAAAACUUGGGCACAGUUGGUCAUAAAUAGUGUUGGAAAAAUCAAACACAUACACAUAUGAAAUGUGCAGUUGAUAGCUUGUAUUAUUCAUCUCUGCUCCGGGUAAUUUUCUUUAAGAUGAAUGCGAGGAAUUCGUGAUCUAUGGUAUUACGAAGCAAACUUUUUCAAGCAUUGUCGAUCACGAAUUGUUUCCUCUGCUUGUGGAUGAAGUAAGGUAGCAGACAUAAUUCCUUGUAUCGAUUAUCAAUUGAGGGCUCCUCUGCUGUGUUCCGACUGGGGAAUACGUGGUGUUCCCAAGUUCCACAUAUCCGGACACUUGACACCACUUCACCGUCGUCUUCUUCCAAAAUUCCAAGAUAAAGAAGGUGCUAAACGUAAGGAUGGCCGCGUUUGGGUCCUGCCUAGCGCAUAACAUGUUUAGACAACGUCUAGAUAUGCGUUUAAAGUAAAUAAACAUUUUUUUA